GAAGGAGACCCAGCAGCUGACCAUGGCUACCGCCGCGGAGCAAUGGGUCCUGGUGGAGAUGGUGCAGGCGCUGUAUGAGGCUCCUGCUUAUCAUCUUAUUCUGGAAGGUAUUCUAAUACUCUGGAUAAUCAGGCUUCUUUUUUCUAAGACCUACAAAUUACAAGAACGAUCUGAUCUUACAAUAAAGGAAAAGGAAGAAUUGAUUGAAGAAUGGCAACCUGAACCUCUUGUUCCUCCUGUGUCAAAAGACCAUCCUGCUCUUAACUACAACAUUGUUUCAGGCCCUCCGAGCCACAACAUUGUGGUGAAUGGGAAAGAAUGUAUAAAUUUUUCCUCCUUUAAUUUUCUUGGGUUGCUGGAUAAUCCUCGUGUUAAGGCAGCAGCUUUAGCCUCUCUAAGGAAGUAUGGUGUGGGCACCUGUGGACCUAGAGGAUUUUAUGGUACAUUUGAUGUUCAUUUGGAUUUGGAGGAGCGUCUGGCAAAGUUUAUGAAGACCGAAGAGGCCAUUAUUUAUUCAUAUGGGUUUUCCACUAUAGCUAGUGCGAUUCCUGCUUACUCUAAGAGAGGGGACAUCAUAUUUGCGGAUAAAGCUUCCUGUUUUGCUAUCCAGAAAGGAUUACAGGCAUCACGAAGUGACAUUAAGUUCUUUAAACACAAUGAUGUGGCUGACCUGGAGCGACUACUAAAAGAACAAGAGAUUGAAGAUCAAAAGAAUCCUCGCAAGGCUCGUGUAACUCGACGUUUCAUCGUAGUAGAAGGAUUAUAUAUGAAUACUGGAACUAUCUGUCCUCUUCCAGAAUUGGUUAAGUUAAAAUACAAAUACAAAGCAAGAAUCUUUGUGGAAGAAAGCCUUUCGUUUGGAGUCCUUGGGGAGCAUGGCCGAGGAGUUACUGAGCACUAUGGGAUCAAUAUGGAAGAUAUUGACCUUAUCAGUGCCAACAUGGAGAAUGCUCUUGCUUCUAUUGGAGGUUUCUGUUGUGGCAGAACUUUUGUAAUUGACCAUCAGCGACUCUCUGGCCAAGGAUACUGCUUUUCAGCUUCAUUACCUCCCUUGUUAGCCGCUGCUGCCAUUGAGGCUCUCAACAUCAUGGAAGAGAAUCCAGAUAUUUUUGCAGUAUUAAAGAAAAAGUGCCAACAAAUUCAUAAAGCUUUACAAGGCAUUUCUGGAUUAAAGGUGGUGGGAGAGUCCCUUUCUCCGGCCUUCCACCUCCAGCUUGAAGAGAGCACUGGGUCUCGGGAGAAGGAUAUGCAUCUACUUCAGGAGAUCAUAGACCAGUGCAUGAGCAGACGCAUUGCAUUAACUCAAGCCCGCUACUUGGAAAAGGAAGAGAAGUGCCUCCCUCCUCCCAGAGGAAGAACUGGAGAAAGCAGCAUCCAUCAUCAAGGAAGUGGCCCAGGUCGUCCUGCUAUAGGCUGCCUCCCGUGGCUCUUGCCCCAGCACACACAGAACUCAGAGACCUCUUGCUGCCCAGGAUGUGGCCUAAAGAGAGCUUGGACCUCUGUUAGGAUUGCCUCCAAACUGGGUGGAUGUGGACCAAAUGUAUGGCCAGAAGGAUGAACACUUGUUAUUUAAAAAAAAAGAAAACACAUCUAAAAGCCCAAAACCUGACUUUUUAAAAGACUAAUGACAGCAUAUAAUUAGUAUUUAAAUUAUGCUAUUUAGUACUAAGUGUUUUAUUGUACUAGUAUUUUGUAUUCUUUUUUGUUUAAAAUUGGAGCUUCAGUAUCUCUUCUCUCCCUUCUGUAGUCACGAUUUCAUAAGCACUCCUUCAUAUUUCAUAAAAAAAUGAUUUUGCAACUUAAUGCCAAGAGGAACACCUGGGACGUGAUGCACCAUUCACUGUUGACAGUCUAGUUCAGCCAUGUAAUGUGAAAUGGUGGCUAAUACGCAAAUAAACACUUUGAUUGUUAUAAAUUGCAUUAUAAUAUAUUCGAAUCACAGAGUUUUUUAUAUAUUGAUAUGUCAUAUUUAAUCUAAGCAUCUCUACCCAGAGGAUAUUCAUUCCACUAAUUUGAAUCCAACACUAUAUUAUUUUAAUAAAAUUGACCUUUGCAUUUAUUAUGGGUUAACUUAAUCUGGGAAGAGGUUUAUUGCACUGAUCCUAAAAUAUAAAUCAUGUUCUUUGUUUUUGUCUGGAGACAUAAAACUUAGCUUUUUCUAAGCUAAGAACGAGAACUUUUUUUCAUCUCAUGAAUCCAGAUAUCUAUGAUGUGAAAGCUCUAAGAGCAAUUUGUGACUGUUGAUCUUUACAAGGUAAAAGUUGUGAUGUGUUCCAUGGGGAGAACACUGAUAUAAUACCAUCACUCUCUCUUACUAAAAAGGUAAAAGAGUAAAGUUAUAAAAUGAAUAUACUACUUUCUAAUCUAUGUUCAUAUUAACAAAUGGUCUUCAACAUCUUUUUAAAUGACACAUACCUUUUUACUGUUGAGUUACUAUUUUGCUUGGGGUCUUUCGUACAUAUGUGCCUUGUGAUUGCUGCUGCUUUGAAGCAUACAGUACUGUCCAGGGGGGUGAGUCUGUUCGAUUGGUUUUAUUUUUUAACGAAAUAAACCUACAUUCUUGAUGAUCA